CGAUGGCAUAUGGUUGUGCUACUACAUUCUCGUACUCUUCUCAAAGUAACAAGGGCAGCACUUUAGCAAGUCAAGUUCGACGAACUAGAAGUGAAACGCGUAACGUGUCAAAUGCGACUUCAAGGACGAGAACUUGCAGCCAAGAGAUAAAGAAGGCAACAGCCGCUCGACUGCGCAAUCUCGCAUUCCAUCCGCUUUGAUCUUCCCCAUCAUCACUCAAACGGCUACGGCCAGAAUUUAGACAUCUAAUCUCAUAGUCUCUGGAGCUCUGGACGUUCAAAUCCAAACAGCACGGAGAGAACAGGACAUUGAACACCGAGCUCGCAACCUCCAGAAUGGCAGCUCAACGAUCUUCCCCCCACUCACCUCGAGCGGGUUGUUCCCUCUGCACGAUCAUUACCAACCUCCGUGCCAAUUCAACCAACUCUGGCUCUAGCGAGUCUAUCCCGGUGGACAUACAACACGCUUAUCGCACACCCUGGGCCACGUCGCUAUCGCCUGGUCCAGCCUCUCCUACCCCGACUACCCCUCACGAACAACCUUCCCCGACCUCACCUACCGCCCACGCACCACUCACCUCUCCCUCAACAUCGACUUCAACGUCUUCGAGGAAAGUGGCAGGAGAGAGAAGAGCGAUCUAUACCGACUCGGAUCUGACCGUCUGGCCAGCACUGUCGGGCCGGGCUGGGGAAGCGUUGGCUUCCGGGGAGAGGCAUCUGGUGCUCGCUUUCAAUGUCCAUGUGGAGAGCGUCUAUCAGUUCGGCCGCGCAGACGUGCCGCUCCUAACCAGGGCUUUGAGGAUAGCCAACGAUCUGUUAGACAAGGAUCCAUCCGGUCAGAAUCAGACGGAGCCGGGUUCGGGAACAAAAGCGGAGGAGAGGAAGAUCGGUUUCGUCGUCGGUCCGCUACGCGAUCCUCGACACCCUUACGCACACAUACACCUACACGCCGUCAAGGGUCCUUGGGACCUCGCAUCGUAUUACAGAAAAGCGAUGGUCUACAAUUUCGUAGGGUGGUACGAGCUCGAGGAUCUGAUUGCCGAGAUCAGGUGAGCUUGAGUCUGGAUCUCGUAGCCCAAGAGUCGUACCGCAGGGAGGAGACA